UGUCCUUUUGUUCUUUACACCACUUCCAAUGAAACUCCUUUACUCUGUUGCUUAAUUAUUGGCUACAGUUCUCUUGCUUGAAUUUUUGAGAGAUGAGUAGACAGAAAAUAGAAGAUGGUGAACUUUCAAGUUCUUUGAUAGUUAAAGAGAAGCCUCCGGAUGGAGCUGGACAUGGUAGUUCCGGUGAAGAACAAGGUGGAAUUGGAACUACGACUUCUGCAACAACUAUGGUUGUUCUUAGCACCAUUAUCGCUGUUUGUGGAUCUUAUGUUUUUGGGACUGCUAUUGGAUAUUCAUCACCUGCUCAGACUGGAAUCAUAGUUGAUCUGGGUCUCUCUGUGGCUGAGGUAAAAUUGUACCCAUUACAAGAAAAGCUCCUGGUUAAGGUUGGAGUUGGCCUAAUGGUUCUGCAACAAUUCGGGGGAGUCAAUGUCAUUGCAUUUUAUGCUAGUUCAAUUUUUAUAUCAGCUGGAUUUUCCGGUAGCGUUGGAAUGAUAGCAAUGGUUUUCCUUCAGGUUCCAAUGACAGCUUUGGGAGUAGUCUUUCUCGAUAAAUCAGGACGAAGACCACUUUUAUUGGUAUCAGCAGCUGGAACAUGCUUGGGUUGCUUCCUAGUUGGAUUGUCAUUUUUUCUUGCAGGUUCUACCAGAUUUAUCGAUCUCGAAUUUCCAAAUCCUUUUCAUGUUAUAUAUUCUUUUCUCAAAAACAUUAAGCUCGACUGCAUACAGGACCUUCAACAAUGGAAGGAAGCCACUCCUAUAUUAUCACUUGUUGGUGUACUGGUGUACACGGGAUCAUUUUCGUUAGGCAUGGAAGGAAUACCUUGGGUUAUAAUGUCCGAGAUAAGUUUACCAUGAUCUAGAUUAAUUUGCAGCCUUCAAUAUUGUUGAAGAAUCGGGUAAAGAAAACGAAAGAACACAAGAAUCGGACAAGUAUUUCAGAUAUUUCCCAUAAACAUGAAAGGUUCAGCUGGAAGCCUUGUGACAUUGGUUAGCUGGUUAGGCUUUUGGAUUAUUUCCUUUGCAUUUAACUUCCUCAUGAAAUGGAGCUCAACAGGAACAUUCUUCAUUUUCGCCACCGUAUGUGGUUCGACUGUUCUGUUCGUGGCGAAGCUGGUGCCGGAGACCAGGGGACGGACACUUGCAGAAAUACAAGCUUCGAUGAAUCUGUUUUCGUAGGAUAAGUGGAUGGUGCAUGAACAAUCAAUCAACUGAUACUGAGAAAUUCAAAGUCCUAACUUCAAUGUC